CAUUAGUGUCAUUGUCUUUGCUGUCAUCUGCCAUGGACGGGAUUUACGAAUGGGUUUUCUGAAUUGCAAUAAUUAUAAUUUCCUAGAUUUAUAGCCCAUAAAAUAAAGUUAAACAUCUAAAGUGACAUAAAUAAAACUGCAGUGCUUUGUUUAGAAACCCAGUGUUUUCAGAAAUGCAUGCCUGCCGACAGUUGCUCUACUCGCCGGCGCGGUGGAAAAGUGCUGUACCAGUCAAUUUCAAAACAACAGUCUUGAACACCAAAAAUGAACAGUGCAUCCAGCUGACAGAAUGCCGCUACUACUCAGCACGCAAGGGCUUCUUCUCCUCCAUCAUCGAAAACAUCAAAGAAGAUAUAGAAAAGAACAAGGAAAUGAAAGAAAAUAUCAAAAAGUUCAGAGAAGAAGCCCAAAAGUUAGAAAACUCGGAGGCGCUACAGGCCGCUCGGAAAAAGUUCCAUGCAGUAGAGUCAGAGGCCUCCAAGAGUUCAGAAGUGCUGAAAGAUACCCUCGAAGGGAUCAAGGGCAAAGUCGGGAAUGUUUUUGAAGAAGCUAAACAAACUGACUUUGCAAAGAGAGCUGGAAAGUUAACAGAGGAACUGUCAAAAUCAGCUAAGGAUGCUGCCGAAAGCAUAUCAGACCGAGGAUCAAAGAUUGGUCAGACAUCAGCAUUCAAAACUAUUUCACAAGCUACCGAGGUGGUGAAGAACGAGAUUGGGGCGAAAGGUCUAGAAGGACGCGUGUACUGCUCGCCUAUGGCGUUACGAAAACGAGUGGAGGUGGCGGCGGACGAGCGCACGUUCGCGCCGGACACGGAGACGCUGGGCGUGGAGCUGCACCGCGACUCGCGCUUCCACCAGCAGUGGGAGGAGUUCAAGAACAACAACCAGUAUGUUAAUAAGGUCCUCGACUGGAAAAUCAAAUACGAGGAGUCUGACAACCCAGUAGCACGGGCCUCCCGACUGUUGACAGAGAAGGUGGGCAGCCUGUUCGGAAACCUCUUCGAGAAGACAGAGCUCUCCAAGACCCUCACCGAAAUAUGCAAAAUAGACCCCAACUUCACCUCGCAAAGGUUCAUCGAAGAUUGCGCGAACGACAUCAUACCGAACAUUCUAGAAGCCAUGGUCCGAGGCGACCUCGACAUCCUGAAAGACUGGUGUUACGAAGGUGUCUUCAACAUUCUAGCUACGCCAAUCAAACAGUGCAAGCAGUUAGGCUACAGACUAGACUCGAAGAUUCUAGACAUAGAGCAGAUUGAGCUAGUCAUGGGAAAGAUGAUGGAUCAGGGGCCCGUUCUGGUGAUCACAUUCCAGUCGCAACAGAUCAUGUGUGUCCGGGAUGGGAAGAACAACGUGAUCGAAGGUGACCCGGAUAAGGUCAUGCGAGUCAACUAUGUGUGGGUCUUGUGUCGCGACCCACAGGAACUCAAUCCCAAGGCGGCGUGGCGGUUACUAGAGUUGUCAGCGAAUAGCGUGGAACAGCUUAUAUAGAGAAUGUUAUUGGUUAUGCUAUUGAGAAAUAGUUGCCGAAUUAAAUCGUUGAUCGAUUAUA